GCGGUCCGAGACCUCGCGGGCGCAGGGAGCGCCCUCUGCGCGGGACUCGAGGAAGCCGAGCUCGAGGUCUCGCCCAAGACCACCGUCAUAGCCUCGAGCCGCACCCUAGCCCAGUCCGCGCACGUGGCCUUGCGGGCGAAGGGGGCAUCCGUCAAGGUGGCCAACGACAGCGCCGACCUGGGCAUCGACACUGCAGGCGCCAGGCGUCUCGCCACCGCCAAGGCGCAAUCCAGAGCUGCCAAGGCUUCGGCCCGCACGUCUCGCACCUCGUCCAAACUUCGCAAGCACGCUUCGCUUGCCAAGGCGUCGAAAGGCCUCUGGACGACUGGGCCCCGACCGCAGGGCAUCUACGGGCGCCACAUCAUGGGUCUGGCGCCGUCCCAGGCGCUGCUGCAGCGUCGCCAAGCGCUACAGGCUGUCGGUGGCAAUGCGCCAGGCAGGUGCCUGACCACGGCGUUGGUGGUCGCCCUCGGCGACAAGGUCCCCGCGCUGGAGCUCGCGCGCCAGUCCGCGCACGAGCGGCUGAAGUUCCGAUUCGACCACCCGCGGCAUCACCGGCGCAUCAAGCAGGCGCGGCGGAGACUCCACUCGCGAACGGCGGAUCUCGGCAAGAAGAAGUGGCAUAAGGUAGUCGGCCCGAGCUCCGCCGCGAUCGCGAUCCUCGUCGCCGCGGGAUGGGAGUGUCCGGCCCCCAUGGAGUGGUCGAGGGCUGCGAGGCCUGGCGAGCCCAGCCCUCAGACGCGGAUCACCCCGCACCUGCCGAUGCCCAACUGGGAGGAAAAGCGGCACAGGGUGGAUAGCCUCCGGGAGUCCGCGGCGAAGCACCCCGAUGGAGAGGGCUUCCAGCGCGGCGGUCCUGACACUGGCAACAUCUCGCUCGAGAUGGACAAGAGCAUCAGGGAUGGUCACCAUGACCUCUGGGCCCUCGACUUGCGCGCAGCGUCUGGCGGCCAGUGGACGAGGUCUCGCAUGGCGGAGACGGGCUACGAGAUCGACAACCUGAAAACGACGCG